AUGGCUACGAACGUAUCAGCCGUCGAGGACCCCGUCGUGAAGCAACUACAGGAGUACACUACAUGCGAUGUCUCGGACGCCCUGGUCAAGCUCAAAAUUCACAAUGGCGGGUUUCUUCCCGGCAUCACCAUGUGGUCGCCCCAGCGCCAGGACGGGCUCACGAAGAUAGUUGGGCCGGUGUAUACUGUCCAGUAUGCCCCGCUGGAUGACGAGAGGCCCAAGUGGCCUAGUCAUUACAUUGAUUCCAUUCCUGCCGGCGCUGUUGUCUUCGUGACAUCCAAUCCCGGCACGUCGAAUGCUCUUUACGGAGGGUUAAUGAGCACCCGGGCUAAGGCAAGCGGUGCCGUGGGCUCCGUCAUUGAUGGCCGCUUCCGGGAUCUGCAGGAGCAGAAAGAUCUGAACUACCCAGUGCGUGGCUACCUUCCACGGGGGUCGAACCCGGUUUGA